AGCAUGACUUGUUUGGAGUUAGACAGAUUCAAGAUAAAAUAUGCCCUGCUUAUGAAGGGGUUUUGGGGUGAUGGGAGUGUUCUGAACUGGAUUGAGGUGAUGGGCCUAUAAGUGUAUAUAUACUAAAAUUUAUCAAAGUUCUCUCUCUCUCUCUUUAAUUUUUUUAGUUGUAGUUGGACAUAAUACCUUUAUUUUAUUUAUUUAGUUUUAUGUGGUGCUGAGGAUCAAACCCAGUGUCUGUCACAUGCUAGGCGAGUGAGAGCUCUACCGCUGAACUACACCCCCUGCCCCACAAAGUUCUCUUAAAUAAAGUUUACUCAAUGUAAAGUAUGCCUCAAUAAAACUAUUAAAAAGCAAUUUUACUCUUAACACCAGUUGGUAAUUUUAGGCAAGUCAUUUAACCUCUGAGCUUCAGUUGACUCAUUUGGAAAAUGAAUAGAGUAAUGCCUUUUUUCCUGAGAUUGCUGAGGUAAGGAUAAAAAUAGUAUGGGGAGCUAGGGAUGUAGCUCAGUGAGUGGUACGGUGCUUGCCUUGCGUUCUGUCCCCAGAACUGGAAAACAAUGUAGUAGGUGACUAAUCAGUAAUACUCAAUUAAUAGCGGCUACAAUUAACCAAAUAUCAUGAAUUUGUUGCCACCACUGAUGCAGUAAAUUUACAGUAUCUCUGAUGCAGUAAAUUUACAGUGUCUCUAUUGGUAGUUUCUAGAAUGAUUUACAUCUUCUCCAACUUCCCUCUGCUUGCUCCUUUAUUAUAGUCUGAAUGUAUGGUUAAGUGUUGUCCUUCAAAAUUUCUGCAUCCUUUUCAAACUUAGAUAUCUUCCUCUUCCUUUUUUAAAAAUUUCUUCUUAGGGCUGGGGAUAUAUAGCUCAGUUGGUAGAGUGCUUGGCUAGAAUGCACAAGGCCUUGGGUUCAGUCCCCAGCACCAAAUAAACGACAACAAAAAAAUUUCUUUUCCCCAUACUAUUUGAAAGAAAUCCAUUCUCAGAUUUGCGCCCUCAACAUAUACCAAAUCUACUCUUUUGAAGUCAUUAGUGACCUAAUUGCUAGAUCUUUAGUUAUUGCAUUUUGGUCUUAAUUCUGUAACAUUUGAAAUUUAAUGUUUUAGAUUUAACAUUCAAAUUUGAAGUUUAAUGUUUAAAUUCUUUUGACUUCUAGAACUUUGAAUUUUAAUGUAAUCUCAUACUUCUGACCAUUCCCUUCACUUCAUUAUAUUCUCAAAUGUUGUUAAUGCCUUUAUUUCUUAGCUCUCUCCUCUUGAACUUUGUAAUCCAUUGUAUUAGAAAACAAGGAAUUUAUUUACAACAUAAUUUCUUCCUAUUCUUCUUCUAGUCCAGAUUAAUUUUUCCUAAAGUCCAUUCUUAUUACAUUACUUAUUUGGAAGAAGUUGAGGGAUUUGUGUUGGCAAGUGAAACAAAAUACGUACAGCUUCAACUUUAAAACCAUUAAAAAGAAGAAAUUCUAGCUGGGUGUGUACACCUAUAAUCCCAGUAGCUCAGGAGGCUGAGGCAGGAAGAUCUCAAGUUCAAAGCCAGACUCAGCAAAAAGCGAGGUGAUCAGCAACACAGUUGAGACCCUGUCUCUGUAAUAAAAAAAUACAAAAUAGGGCUGGGGAUGUGGCUCAGUGGCCAAGUGCCCCUGAGUUCAAUCCCUGGUACAAAAAAAAAAAAAAAAAAGAAAUCUGGGCUGGUAACAAAGUUUAGUGGAAGAGUGCUUGCCUAGCAUUUGCAAGGCUCUGGAUUCAAUCACUAGCACCAAAGGAAAGAAAAGAGAACUCUGUUAGGAAGUGGUUGGGGGGGAGGUAGGUAGGCCCAUUUUGGAGAGAGAAUCAUGUAGAUGAAUGAAUGAAUAUGAACAACAAAGUGGGGCUGGGAAUAUGACUCUGGGGUGGAGUGCUUGCCUAGCAUGCAGGAGGCCCUUGGCUCAAUCCCUGACACUGCAAAAAAACAACAAAACCCCCCAAACAAUGAAGUAUAACAAUCAGUAUGCAUAAAUGAGCAAUUAUAUCCACAUAAAAAGGACAGUUCUUGAUAUUUUGGUUAUAAAAAUAAAACACCUUUAAAAAUUCUGAAAUAGUAAAAGGAGUAUAUGACAGAAAAUGUAAGUUCCCGCAUAAUCCCAUUCUUCUUGAGACCUGUGUUUAAGAUUUUUAAAUAUAUUCUUUGGUGUUUUUCCAUGUUCAUUGUACUAAUAUUUUUCAUAUAUACUGUCAACUAUCAACAUUUGAUAACAUAUGACACGGUCUUGCAUUCUUGUAAUCAUUGCCUUCCCUUCAUGUUACAAACAUUUUCAACUGAUGGUUCAGUUUUAAAAUGACCGCUAUGUUAGAGUAGCUCUCAAGUUUCAAUUCUAUUUGAUUAGGAGAUAAUGUGGUUUAGUGAAAGAACGUGGAGUUUAGGUACAAAUUUUGAGUUUGCCACUUGAGAGCUGUGUACCCUAGGAGAUUUACUUUAUUAUAGAGAAUAAUUUAUUCACUUGCAUAAUAGGAUAAUAAUAAUAAUAAUAAUAAUAUAAUUAGCACUUACAACAUGUAUUUCAAGGUAGUUGUAAUGAGAUUGGUAUCAAGCAUAUCUUUUAUAAAUGGUAGUUGUUAUGACUUGUCAUUAAACUCUUGAAAAGUAAAACUCAAGACAUGAAGAGAUUGAAUAAAAGGGGUAAGUGAAAAAUGACUUAACUGUCUGCUUCAAGUUCAUUUUAAAGAGCUUUAAGUAUUUACUGGAUAAUUAAACAAACUGCAUUGAAUUGUAAAUAAUAAGUAGGAUUGUUUCUAUACUGAAAUUUGUUUAUUAAAGGAAAAGUUAUUUUCUUUGGUUUAGUUUAUAUUCUGUUUGUAUUUCUUUGAUUUUUAAAAGCAGUGAAAUAUCUGAAGAAUGUGACUUGAGGAACAAAUGCUGGCAAAAACUGUUUUAGUCUUAUGAAUCAGAGGCAAUAGAUUUUUACAUAAUAGUAAUCUGUAUUGGAGAAGUAAUUUGUGUUGGAGAAAUAGAUUUUUAGUAUACGAAAGCCUAGCCUUUUUAAAUCUGUGAUCUCAUUUGCUUAUUGAUGCAAGUAUUGUUGUUUCCUUAGGUUAGAUGAGGUCUUAAUCAUGGAACAUUCGAAGUCACAUAAAGAAGGUUCUUUGGCAUGGACACAAGUUCAGUGGGAGCAUUAGAACUGACUGAGCAGACUCCUGUUUUAUUGGGAAGUACGGCCAUGGCAACUGGUCUCACAAAUGUAGGAAAUUCAUUUAGUGGUCCACCCAAUCCUUUAGUGUCUAGAUCUAAUAAAUUUCAAAACUCAUCAGUGGAAGACGACGAUGAUGUUGUUUUUAUUGAACCUGUACAACCUCCCCCACCUUCUGCACCAGUGGUAACUGAUCAAAGAAACAUAACAUUUACUUCAUCAAAAAAUGAAGAAUUACAAGGAAAUGAUUCCAAAAUUAUUUCUUCCUCAAAAGAGUUGGCUUCUCAGAAGGGAAGUGUAAGUGAGACAAUUGUCAUCGAUGACGAAGAGGACAUGGAAACAAAUCAAGGGCAAGAAAAAAAUUCCUCCAAUUUUAUAGAACGGAGACCUUCUGAGACUAAAAAUAGAACCAAUGAUGUGGAUUUCUCUACUUCCAGUUUUUCAAGAAGUAAGACCAAGACUGGAGUAGGACCUUUUAAUCCUGGUAGAAUGAAUGUGGCAGGAGAUGUAUUUCAGAAUGGAGAAUCUGCAACUCAUCAUAAUCCUGAUUCUUGGAUCUCCCAGUCAGCAUCAUUUCCCCGUAAUCAGAAACAACCAGGGGUGGAUUCUUUAUCACCAGUGGCCUCACUUCCUAAACAGAUUUUUCAGCCUUCUGCCCAGCAGCAACCCACUAAACCAGUUAAAGUUACUUGUGCAAACUGCAAAAAACCUUUACAGAAGGGACAGACAGCUUAUCAACGAAAAGGAUCAGCUCAUCUCUUUUGUUCUACUACCUGCCUUUCUUCCUUCUCCCACAAGCCUGCUCCAAAGAAACUCUGUGUUAUGUGUAAAAAAGAUAUAACUACGAUGAAAGGAACCAUUGUUGCUCAAGUAGAUUCAAGUGAGUCCUUCCAGGAAUUCUGUAGUACAUCUUGUUUGUCUCUUUAUGAAGACAAACAGAAUCCUACUAAAGGAACUCUAAAUAAAUCAAGAUGUACAAUCUGUGGUAAACUAACAGAGAUUCGCCAUGAAGUUAGCUUUAAAAAUAUGACUCAUAAACUGUGCAGUGACCACUGCUUUAAUAGAUACAGAAUGGCCAAUGGUCUAAUAAUGAAUUGCUGUGAACAGUGUGGAGAAUAUUUGCCCAGUAAAGGUGCUGGAAAUAAUGUUCUGGUGAUUGAUGGUCAGCAGAAAAGAUUUUGCUGUCAAAGUUGUGUCAGUGAAUACAAACAGGUAGGUAGCCAUCCAAGCUUCCUGAAGGAGGUUCGUGAUCACAUGCAGGAUUCUUUCUUAAUGCAGCCUGAGAAAUAUGGAAAACUGACAACUUGUACUGGAUGCCGAACUCAGUGCAGGUUUUUUGAUAUGACUCAGUGUAUAGGUCCUAAUGGAUAUAUGGAGCCAUAUUGUUCAACCGCUUGCAUGAAUAGUCACAAGACAAAAUAUGCAAAAUCACAAAGUUUGGGAAUUAUUUGCCAUUUUUGUAAGCGAAACUCUUUACCUCAAUACCAAGCCACAAUGCCUGAUGGAAAACUGUAUAACUUUUGCAAUUCCAGUUGUGUGGCUAAGUUUCAGGCUCUAAGCAUGCAGUCAUCUCCAAAUGGCCAAUUUGUAGCACCAAGUGAUAUUCAGUUGAAAUGCAACUACUGUAAAAAUUCCUUUUGUUCAAAACCAGAAAUCCUGGAAUGGGAGGCAAGUCACAUUUUGUUAUGUAUAUUAUCUAGUGCUAAAAUGAAAAUUAAGUAAAAUAACUAGUAUUUUCAUAAGAAGACCUAUUUCUUAGUAGGCAUGUUUUUCAGAUUUUGUGAUGAUUGGCUUAUGUACUUAUGUGGGAGUAGAAUCAACCCAAGCUAUUUCUUUAUGGGUUAAGCAAAAAUUUUUGAAGUCAUAUUUGCAAUAUAUUAUGCCCAUAAGAGAGUACAGAAUUCUCCUUUGUUUAGUUGCUUACCUAGAGCAUCUUGUAUGACAAUUCUUUCUAUUUUUCUCCUUGGUCUCAUAAAUAUUAACUCAGAGCUAUAAUACAUUCUGGUCAGUACCUACAAAAAUAAGGAUUUGUUAGUCAUACCACAUUGUCAUUUAAUGUUGUAUGAAUUGUUUCCAUAAAAGAAUAGAGGAGUAUGGGUCUUAACAUUAACUUUAUUUUCCCUUCCUUAUCACUGGUACCUUUAUCCGUGUACUUAAUUUAACUUUGCCUGUGUCCUUUUGCCAUUAGCACCUCCGGGAAUGAUUUUUAUUUCCAUAAGGGGCAGUAGGAGAUGGAUAAAUGGACAAAGCUGCUGUGAUUGCCCAUUGGUUUCUUGAGCAAAGCUUACCUUUGGUCUUCCUUUCUUUUCAUUCUUUUGAGGACAGUAUGGGGUGGAAGGUGGUAAUAAAAUGUUGCACAAGAUUUAGAACUAACAACGGAUUGCCUUGAGAAAAAAUUUACUAGUAAUUGUUGGCAGGUCACUCAGUAUCUGAAGUCUUAGGUGAAAAGUGGUACCGAAAACUGAACUUUGUGAUUUCUAAAGUAGUUGGAAAUCUGAAAUUCCAUCACUUCAGUGCCUAGAAAUUUUUUUAGUUUAUUAUUUUGUUUGGUGCUUCUCCAGAGCAUUUAAAUCAGUUGGUUUUUUGAGACUGUUGUUGGCAUCCAGUGAUGAUUUUUAGCAUUAAUACCCUCUUUAAGUAAUAGCAGAAAAAGUGUUGAAGACCCAAGAAGAGAGAAUAAAGGAAUGAGGGAAUGAGGAAAGCAAUUAGUAAAGCACAUAAAAUAUUGUCAGUUAGGACAUGAAGAUCUUAGAUCGAAUUUGUUAAUACUAGAUGAAAAUGAGGUCCUUCCCACCAUGUACCUGUUAGUGCUCCCCAACUUUUGGAAUCUUGGUGUGUUGCUUUUAUUUACAUGGAUGCAAGUGUUGAAAGCAGGCUGAAGGAGAGCUUGUCUUGUCCUUCAGGAUGUUGAGAGUUCAGUUCCCCUUGCUGCUACUUAUUCCAUGUUGGCAGUUGUGGUUUCUUUGUUGCCUUUUUCCUCUUAUGAGUUACAUAUUUAUAAUGGGGCAACUUGUUUUUGGUGGGAGGUGGGGUGCAACUUUCCAUGGAUGAUUAUCUUAACUAUUUUGAGUUUAUACCUAGGCUCUUUCACCUUGCUUAUUUUGAUCUUCAGAUUUCUUAGGUAGAUGUUUUAGACGUAACCUGUAUCCUCCACUAAUAAUGGGAGGAAAAAAAACCUGCCUCUGGGUAGCUUUCAUUUGUUUAUUUAUAACUACCUGACUGGGUAUUUGAAAAGUAGCUUUGGCUAUUAUGGGUUUGGGGCCAGGAUAAAUAAUAAUUAGUAAAUCGUGUUCUAAUCAAGGAAAAACCAACUCAGUCUCAAGUUUCACAGCACACAAUGGGAUAGCACCAAAUUGAAUACUUUGGCUGUGAUAGAUCUGUUACAGGAAUGUAUCAUGGUGUGACAGAAAGGUGAUUGAAUCUACUCAAACAAAUCUCCUUUUGACUGAAAAUGUUAUCAGUACCAUAAUUCUCAUCUUUCUGUAACUUACUCAUGUUCUAUUGUUUCCUUCCUGUUUAUCAAAUUCUGUUAGAAAUAUCAGAUUGCCAUCUUAUUAUAGUGAUACUUUCACUGUUUCAGCGUGAUUAAUGGUGUUGAAUUUUGUAGAGCUGUUUUAUAUUUAGCAGUGAAUUGGUUAAACUAGGUGUCUGUGGCCUAUAGGAAAUGUAUACCCAAGGAUACUAUAUUAAAAUAGGUAAAUGAUUUAACUUUGUUUCUAUAAAAGUAGCUUGUUUAUUUCUGAAAUUUGUUAUUGAGGUGGUUGUCAUAUACUCACCAAGGUUCCCAUUGUGCAUUUAGAACAAAGUGCAUCAGUUCUGCAGCAAAACUUGUUCAGAUGACUAUAAGAAGUUGCAUUGCAUAGUUACAUAUUGCGAAUACUGUCAAGAGGAGAAGACUCUUCAUGAAACAGUAAAUUUCUCUGGCGUUAAGAG